CUGAUUGGAUUUAUUUUGUAAUUCUUUAGAAUUGAUGAUCAAAGAUUUUUAUUUGGAUAAAGAUUAAUAAUACAGUGGAUUAAAUUGUUUUUAUUGAUUGGCGGAAAAUUUCUGUUUUUUGCAGAUACAUGUACUUCAAUUUUGUGGUUUUUAAAAAUUCUAAACACAAGCUUAUAGGAUAUUUGUAUUUUGCUGAAAAGUUUAUAUAGUCGGGCCUAGGUGAACGGAAAUAAGGUGAAGACUCCAUUAAAGUUUAUUUUACCAGAGAAAACUUUCACCAUUUUCUAUGUUUUGGAUAUUAUGAAGUUAUAAUGGAACUACUUGAUUAUACUGUUUUACAAUUUGUGUGUGUGAAAAUAUAGACCUCUAUUAUAUAAGAAGAAAGUGAUCACCAAACUUCGGCUAUGUCUAAAGAAUGGGAUGUGGUCGGAGCAAGUUUCACUCUCAUGAUGAACAGGAAAAACACAGUAAAACUAACGGGAUAGACAAAGAUAAAAAUUCCAAUAAUCCCACCGACGCAGAAUUGGAAAAUGCCAAAUCCCGUACCAGAAGAUGUACACCAGCUGUAAACACAAAUGGUGCUCUACAGCAACCCAACUUUAAUGUUCCUACACAGGAUAAAGCAUAUGUACCGGUAAAGACCAUUGAAUAUUUCAGGGAGAAGUUCUCAGCAAAUAAACCAUUUAGCAAUAAGGGCAUAGCCCCACAGGUUCUCAGGGUUACAAAUAGUCAACUAGAAUUCUUCAAAAUGUUGGAUGAAAAAAUUGAGAUGGGUGGCCAAUUUUCAUCCGACGAAGAAGAGUCUAUUAUUUACUACAAACAAUCAACAGAGCUUGUGACUUCAUGAUGACAUAGUAUGACAUAGUUGUAACUAUGUCAUAUCAAUUUGAUGCAUAAUAUGUUGUUUUGUGAGUCAAAACAUGUUGUUUAUAACAAACUGUAAAAUGUUAUAGAUUAUAGAUAGUACUUGUAAUAUUUUAGAGAUAGAAUGUGUUACAACAUAGUAAUGAUAUCUCAUUGAACUGUUCUCCAUUAUUAUGUUUUGCAUAGUUGGCAUAUGACAUAGGUAGAUGACAAAAGCUAUGUCAGAGUGUUCCGCUGGUGACUUUUUCAUGAUAUUCUAGUAUAGGUAUAGAAUAUACCUAAUUUGGUUGUAGAAAGCUGUUUUUAUAAUGGAAGAUCAUAAUGUAAUGGCACUGAAAAGUCAGAAGAACUAUAGGAGGUUUUUUUUUACUGUUAGAAUGUAACAUAUUAUCAUGAUUAUGUCAAAGAAGAAAAUUGUUGUUGUCUAUUAUGUCACAAUAUUUCUUUAGUAACAUAGUUGGAAGCAAAAGUAUUAUUUAUUUAUGUCUAUGCUACUCAUAUUGACAAUAAGUAAACUGUGAUAAUGUAAAAUUAUAAUACUAUUAGCAAAUGUGAUUGUAAUCAGUUUUCUUGGGUUAGUUUCGAUAUAUUUUUCAAUAUAAUAAAAGUGGUACUAUCCCUCACAUAUCGUGCCAAAUGUGUAAUGAUUUGACUAGAAAAUCCAUCAAUUGUACUCUUACAUUUAUGAACAGGUCUUAGGUCUUAUUUGCAAAUUUUAGAGUUGGGUUGAACCCUUUUGAAAUUAAGAUGGUAAAAAAUCCAAGAGCUCAGAUCCUGAUAAAAAAAGAAGACAAAAGACAAGAAGACAGUUUUAUUAGUUAAGAAAAAAAUCUUUUGGGAAAAGAAUUGUUAAAAGCACAUGAAAUGUUGGUUUGCUUUUGUGGGAAAUCCUGAAUAAAAUAAUACUCUCAUUUGAUUUAGAGUUAAGAAAGAGUGAAAUUUUAAUUCAGAAAUUAUUGUGAGGUUUUAUUAUUGCAAAAAAUGUAAACGCACUGAUUUAAACUCACAUUUUAAAAUAUUUUAUAUGAAUUGAACUGGAUUUUUUUCUGAAAAUCGUAAAAAUUAAAAUCGCAUUUUAAUUUAAAAUGACAAAAUCACAAUAUUAAAUGCUAGCAAUAAUUUCUAGAUUUACAGUACUUGGAAAUCAUGCCUCUUUGGAACUUGAUGGAAUGAAAAGGUUUGAAUGAAAUACAUGAAUUAAGAAAUAAUUAUCUUUCUAAUUUUGUGAUUGGUUUUUCAUUUACAGAAAAAUUUUAUGCCACAAACUUGCACAUAGUACAAGUUGCAAUGUAAUUUUUUCCAAUUUACACAUUUGUUGGAAAAUUUUCAAAAUUAAACAUGAGAACAUAUUUAAACAAUGCUGCCUUUAUAAUUAGAUAUUGAAAGAAAAUCAAGUUGUAAAAACUUAAAAAUGAUGAUACUGAAAAGAUUAUUUAUAUAAAAAUGAUAUCAUUUUUAUGAAUAUGAUAUUAUGUAUCUAUGUAAGUUUAUUACAAUGAAAAGGUAUGUAGAAUGUAAAUAUAUGUUUAAACAUUGUCUAUACAUGUUUUGUUGUUAUUUAUAUGCAUAAUACUAUAACACAGACGAUAUAUACUAUUACUUUUCAAAACAAUUGAAUAUACAGAUAUGUAUAUCAUAUAAUGUUUGCUCUUAUUUCAUAUACUUGAAUAUGUGCAAGUUAUGACGCACAUAGAUUGUUUUGUUAUAAUACGGUGCGAGUAGCAAGAUUAUUUAUGCUCAGCAAUAGAUUGUUUUUUAGAUUUUUUAUAUUGUGCAAAUUUUGUCGUUAUUUUUUAUAUCAUAACAUAUCAUAACAGUUUCUUUUCAUUCCUUUCAUUUCAUAAAAAUAUGUUAUAGUUUUGCAUUUUAAAUAUUGUAAUAAAAUAGUACAAUGAACAUAUAUUAUUUCUGUUUGUUGAUACCUAUUGGUUUAAACUUAUUCAUGCUUUACAAUUCUUUCUUUUAAAAGGAUGUUUCAAUUAAAACUGCAAAUUUAAUAUGGAUGUUUAUGUUUUGUUUAUAAAAAUCUGCUUUGUAGUAAUUUUGACAAUGUGAAAGGUGGCAGACUUUUUCAAACUCAUUUUUUAUAUCUUUAAUAUUCAUAAGAUAUAAGCUAUUUAAAAGAUACACCUAUAAGAUGUUUAUUUAACUUUAUUUUAGAGAAUUUAACAUUAAAUUUCUUUAAACGCCCCACCUACAAUAGUAGAGGGGCAUCAUAUUUUCUGGUCUGUAGGUAUGUUCAUUCUUUUGUUCAUUUGUUUUUCACGCUUCAGGAUAAUGUUUUCGGUCAAGUUAGUUUUUGAUAAAGUUGAAGUAUAAUCAACUUGAAACUUUAUACAUAUUCCCUUUGAUAUGAUGAUCUUUUUAAUUUUAAUGCAAAAUUAUAGUUUGACCCCAAUUUCAUGGUCCACUGAACAUAGAAAAUGAUAGUGUGAGUGGGGCAUCCCUGUAUUUUGGAAACAUUCUUGUUAUCUUGUUCUUU